UGUUAGCAACAGGUUUUGGACUUAGGAUCCAACACUGAUGACUGACCUCGGAACCCUGAUUUUUCACAUUAUCUUAUUAGCCUUUUUAACUUCCCCAAAAAGUACUAUUACUUAUUAAUACUAUUAUCACGUGCCUCAUCACAUGACAUUUCUAAAAUAUUUCACCAUUUACCAAAAAUCUUUAUGGUCAGAGUUGGAUCGUGUAACAGUCAAACCUUAAGCACAUGAUCCCACUGGCUUUAGAUCCCAAUCAGAAUUUCAAGUUUAUAAGUAACUCUUUCAUACCCAUCUCUAUUUUUCAUCACUACACUAACCAGCAACUUCCAACUUACACUUCCAGUUUUCAGUCUGAGACUUACUCAGCACAACAUACAACCACAAUGAAGCCUUACUCAAUAGCAAUGGCUUAUGUUCUUCUACUGCUUUCAGUAAUUCUAUCUACUUGGCUUAGCAGAGCUCAAGUAGAGGCUCGUCCAAUAAGAGAAGUGUCAACCAUGCCUUCAUCUUCUCAAGCUCUCAAAGAUCUGCAGACAGACAAGAAGUAUCCUUUCAAGAAGGUAGACUCAAGCUUUAGAAGAAUCCCACCAAGUACAUCAAAUCCAACUCAGAACAAGUUCAAACCCCCUAUUAGAUGAUGAAGUAGAAAACUGCAGUAGCAAGAUCUCUACAAAAUUCAAUGUUCUUUAUUUAUUAGUUGUUACAGUAGUCCCUAUAUGUAUUGCAGUGUGUAAUGUAUUUGACAGUUUUUGCUGCCACAAAAUGUUUAGUUUUGCUGUUAAAUGUAAAUUGAACAAUUUUGGAUGUUUGGGGAAAUAAAGCUUCCAACUGUGUUA